GGGGCGGGCGGGGGGGCGGGGGGGGCUGAGUGAAUAGUAAUGGCGGCGCCGAGUAAGCGACUGAAGAUGGGCUGUGAGCACACUGACGCCGACACAGACUCCGCACUGAGCUGCUUCCUGCAGUGGUGUAAACGGGUCGGGCUGGAGCUGAGCAGGAAGGUGUGUGUGAGUGCGGAGGGCACAGUGGCACAGUACGGCAUGCUGGCCACACAGCACAUACAGGAAGGGGAGCUGCUGUUCUCCGUGCCCCGCUCAGCGCUGCUCAACCCCAGGACCUCAGCCAUUCGGGAUUUACUAAAAAAAGAGGAGGCUGCCCUGCAGAGCCGGUCAGGCUGGGUGCCUCUCCUCAUCGCCUUGCUACACGAGUCUACGAGCAGCUCCUCUCACUGGCAGCCCUACCUGUCCCUCUGGCCUGGCUUCAGCUCACUAAACCACCCCAUGUUCUGGGAGGAGGGUGAGCGAGCCAGGCUGCUGCAGGGCACCGGGGUGCUGGAAGCAGUGCAAAGAGACCUGAGGAACAUCGAAGAUGAGCACCAGAGCAUCGUGCUGCCAUUCCUGCGCGCCCAUCCCCAGACAUUCCCCCCAAACACACACUGUCUGCAACUCUACAAGAGGCUCGUGGCCUUCGUCAUGGCCUACAGUUUUCAGGAGCCAUCAGACAAUGAUGAAGAGGAUGAUGAUGAUGAAGAUGAGGACGAGGAGCUGAACCCUCCCAUGAUGGUGCCAAUGGCUGACAUCCUGAACCACAUCUCCAACCACAACGCCAACCUGGAAUUCACCCCCGACUGCUUGAAGAUGGUCUCGUUACGUGCCAUUUCUGCUGGUGAGGAGAUCUUUAACACCUACGGCCAAUUGGCCAACUGGCAGUUGCUGCACAUGUACGGCUUCACAGAGCCGGCCCCCGGAAACUCGCAGGAUGCUGUGGAGAUCCCGAUGGAGACCCUACGUGAGGCAGCAUUACAUGGUGAGGCACGUAGUGAGACUCAUGACCAGCCCUCAACUUGACCCCAGCACCCAGCCCCCCCACCCCCCACACCCAUCCCACCCCAACCUCAGUUGGAUUUCAGUAAAACCUGUACCUGUAUCUCUGCUCAUCUCCUCCUGUUUCACUCUGAGAAUGAACGAGAGGGAGGAUUAUUGUUAUUAUUGUUUCUUCAAUUUAAUCUCCACCUUCUAUAAUUCAAUAAUUCACUCACUUUGACUUUCCAGGUCCAUUUGCAUGUUUCUGCUCUUAUCACAUCUCCCAGGUCAGGGUCAUCAGGAAAUGUAGAAAAACUCUCCUCCAAAGCCGAGACGGGUCAUCAAUAUACUGGGACCCUCUCCUCACCUGCCCCCAGCCCCCCCACAAACAGCAUCCCCCUCAUCCCAACUCUGCCUCCCAUCUCCCACCCAGUUUCCUGACCACGUUGUGGUAUUUUGCCUUUAAUUGUAUUGCCUUAAAUUUGAACUCAUAUUCUCUGACGUGACAUCUUAUCAGCUGUCUUCUUAAGUUUCACAUAAAUGAUCCUUUAUCUGACA